UUUCAUAUUUUUGAGACAAUUUUAAUUUUAAUGAAAAAAUAAGAUAGCAAAAUGUUUUUCUUUUUUAAACUUGUAAAGUACCCACGUGCUUACACUGCGUUGUACUGUUAAUAAAAAAAAUAACAUCAAGAAGAAGUAACAGAUUUACAGACUGAUAAUGUUAUCAGUUAAGAUAAAAGCCAGAGACAUGUUUAUACUCAUACAUAAUUAAUAGCACCUUUAUACAUCUAAUUAAUUAUAUUUAGUUAAUUAACAGUUUUGUUUGUUGAAGAUGCGACUACAACUAUGGGAGCUCAAAUAAAUUUGUUUUUUAUUUUAACUUUUUUAGUAAUUCAGAUUAAAAUGUAUAGUGAAAAUCUAGAGGGUAGAAUUGUCGGAGGAAAACCAGCAGGUAACGGGGAUGUUCCAUACACGGUUUCUUUAAGAAGAUCGUGGAACAAUGAGCAUUUCUGUGGGGGCUCGUUAAUAACGAAUAAACAUGUCCUGACCGCAGCUCACUGUGUUUAUUAUUCGUGGGGCGGGCCCCUUCCAGCAUUCACAAUUUACGUGGUAGCAGGCCAAAUAAAAUUGGAAACAAAUGGAAGCAGCAUUUACAGGGAAGCAUCAAAUAUAAUAGCACAUCCACAGUACAAUACGAAAAAUCUCAUAAAUGACGUAGCAAUUAUAGAAAUUCAUUUUUAGAUAAACAGCG